AUGAGUGUGAUAAACAGUCUGGUGGCUUCUUUAGAAUAUUGGUCUUUCGACUUUCCUCCGGGUUCAGAAACAGACUUUGAGGAUUCACUGGGUGGAGCUUGGUAUAUCACACCUACUCAUCAUGUUGUAGAGUUCAUUACGCUUGCACCGAUAUUCCUUGUAUUAACUGCGAUCUUGGGUAUGCGUACAUUUGGAAAAGGUACAACUGCCUAUAGACUGUUAAAUACACCAGAGCCUACAAAUACAAAGUCUUCAUGGCUUGAUCAAGCACUACUUGUCAUGACUAUUUUAUCACUUGGUCUGACAGUGAUCCACAAAUAUUAUACACAGACUCUCUUAUUCUUGUUGCAGCCUUGUCAUGCCAGUGCGGCAGUACUAAUCAUCAUCAUGGGCUGGCCAUUACCGAACCGCCCUUUUAUUCCACGUCUACUGUUCAACAUAUAUUUGCAUACAAUGUGGGGUGCUAUUUUAGCCCUUGUGUUUCCUGAUCUGCGGGAUCAUGAUAUGUUUGGUGAAGUCUUUAAUUUCUUCCUCGAACACAUCCUUAUCCUCAUCGUGCCAUUUUAUCUUCUCUCCACCGGCCGCUGUGUUCUGCUGCCGGCUUCUGCCGAUAUGGCCUUAUUCUCUUUCUUCCUCUACGCUGCUUACCAUAGCCCCCUCCUUCACAUUCUCUCACUGUCAUCUGGAUACAAUCUCAAUUAUACCUUGGUACCCCCUGCACUGGGAUUCCUUAUUGCGGUCGGUCCAUGGUAUAGAAUCAUCAUGUAUGGUAUUGCCUUGCUUAACAUGUUUUGGACACGGUAUGGGCUUGUGGGCAGCUUCGUAGCUCUUGCUUGCAACAACAACAAGUCCCUGCCAUCAAAGAAGGCGCAAUAACAACAAUUUUAGACUUUCUUAAAUAUUGAUUUUUUAUUAUAUUAUAUUAUAUAUAUAUAUUUCUUUACAUGUUCACAAG